GAGGCAUAGCGUACUGACGGCGGAGCAGGAUACGCGGCGGCCUGAAGCGGAAGCGGCGGCGGUGCAUCUUCUGGGAUCAGAAAGAAAAAAGUUUUGUCGUAAUGGGGCUAUUCAAGGGAAGCUUCACAUUUAUUCUGGGAAUGGGAUGUGGUGUCUAUGUAGCUCAGAACUACAGUGUUCCAGAUGUCAAGAAGUUGUACAAUACGUACUCUUUUGUGGCACAGUACCUUGAAAAAACUUACCGUAAGCCAGAGAAAGAGGAAGACUGAUUGUCAUUCCAUAGGU